AUGUUUAAUUCAAAAAGUAAUUUAUCUUUGUCCCCAGUCUUAGAUCAAGUGAUUCGGAAAACCGUUAACUUUAACUGCUUUCUUUACUCCUGCGGGAUCACUAUUCGACCCAGACUGGCAAAAGGUCGACGCAUCCUUGAAGCACCUCCGUGCAGGCCCCCUUUUAUCAUGCUCUUCAAGACGUUUGUCAUCGGCACCGUUAUGUUAUUCUCCAUCUUGGGUCACGCAACAGUCGACUCAAGGAACUUGAGAUCCGAGGAUGGGAGUUACAUAGACGAUCGGGGAUUCCUUCGGCGUCUGCCUGAAUUUCCAUUCCAUACCCGACGGAGGUUUGACAAACGUGGUCCAGAGACUUUGUGGGAACUUGAUUGACAAAUUGUGAACUUACGGAUAAAAACUAGAAUUAUCGCUGUCUAUGCUAAA